CUCUAUUAUGGAAUGUUUAACGAGACAAACUGCAAAGCCAUCGUCAGCACCACUAUCAGCCUUAGUAACUUCAACAACAGCUGCUGUACCAGCACCUGGAACUACCCAAGCUGCUCCAGCAACUCCACCAGCUUCGGGAACACCAACAAAUAAUGUUCCAGCACCGGUACCGUGUAGUACAAAUGUUGUAACCAUUCCAGUGCCGAUAGUUAGCCAGGAAGACAUUUAUACGUAUAUUAGCAUUAAGGGUUCUCUGCAUGAUCGUACCACCGCUGUUUUUGGAUUAAAUAGUGACGAAGUAUUGGCCCUAUCGAAACGUUUCGAAAACGGUACUACAAAUAUUGUUAAUGGAGUUAUGAUCAAUACACCACCAAUGCAACUAAUCAAUACAUUGAGUCAAUUGGGCUAUAAAGUAAUUUGCAGUACUGGUGAAGCAGAAAUUGUCUGGACCAUGCAACGUGAAGUUUAGACUUCACAUUAAAGAAUCUGUGCAAUAAAUUAAAAAUAAUCUUUAACUUUCUUUCAAGAAUAAUUAAAUAUUCAAAUACAAACAAAACAAAAUAAAAAAAGACGCUUGAAGGACUUGAAAACAGUGAUUUUUCGAUUUAGUUAUUUUCUUGUGACUUGAAAAUACUAA